AUGAUAGGCACCAAUGGCAAGAGUUUUCCCGGCGUCUUGCCAGUGACGGUCUCUUACCUUACCGCUGGUGAGCCGGUGGAUGUCUUCCAUCGCUAUUGCCAGGACCCCAAUGGCUACUUCAUGGCACAGACGGGCGCAUCGGGCCUCCUCCAUCCGAGUAUCGGAAAGACUGAUGCCUGGACCACCGCCGUGGUGAACGAACACUGGGAUGCUCAAUACUACAAUCCCCAGGACUACAACACGUGGGUUCAGAUCCGAUGGACGCAUCCUACAUGGUACAACAGAAGGGGACAUCGCCUGGAUGUGAAAAACCCUAGCAUGGUGACACAAAGAGUGAUGCCCGAGCAGAUACGCCAACGAGGGAAGCCAUCGGAGGCGCAGCAGCGGCCACGGCUUUCUUUGUUGCACGUGCGAUGGGGUGGGCAGCAGCCAGUGAAUCCCGUCACAGAGGGCGCCGGUGGUUGGGGGAAGAUCGGAUCCACACCAUCAGACAACUACAUCAACUCUUGGGAGGACAGCGUCUUCCGGGCUUUGGGGCCCAACUACGAAGUAGUCUCUGUCUUCUUCCAGAACUCGGAGGAGCUGUCCAAACUCUGCCCUCCGCUCUUGAAGACAUUGCUCAGAGGAGAGCAUGUCGGAGCACUCUACUUCAUGUGGCCCAUUGCCUUUCAGGAUGGACACGAAACGCCGGCGUACGUCCAGCGGGAAAAGCAGCUUGACAUGAUGGUCCAGAUGGAGGCCGCUGGCAUCCCGACGCGCUUUCCCCACCAGUCACACUUGUACAAGGUGUUUGCAUCGAAGGAGUGGACCAGCCAGAUGUGCCUGCAUCCGCUCCUACAUGUGCCGCUAACCACAAUGGUAGCGCGGCAGGCGAUUGUGACGGAUCCAGCUGGUGCAGCCUCGGAUGCGAUGAAAGCUUUGAACAAUUUGGCCGAGGCUCGCCACAGUUGGAAUGCUCAGCUUGCGCAGCCCCCCAAGGCAAAGCGUGUAGUUAAAGGAGUUGCCAAGCUGGGAUGGAGCUGGGAAGCCAUGGAUGUAACUGCCUGGAAAAACAAGGAGGAGCUCGAGAUGGCUCUCUGCGAGCUGAGCGAGCAGCCCGGAAAUCUCUGCGACCAGAUCUUUGUGCAGGAAUGGCUCGACUUCGACGUUGAAAUGCGACACUUCAUUGUCGAGGCAAACUACGAUGACCCGCAGACCUGGAAACCGAAGCAAAUUGUUUACACUGUCUUCAAAUCCAAGGAAGACAACUCGUUUCGAAAUUUUGACAGGUACGACCGACUGGGCUGCCUGGGCAAAUGCUUCCAGAAUGAUGACGCUGCUCUGGCAGAUGCAGAGCGUCAGGCUGAGGCCCUCAUCGCCAGGUGGAUUCAGUGGCUUCAAGCUCAAAGUCAUCAACUCCCUGUCGUAGUCAGAAUGGAUAUCGUGGCGAAGCGCACGGGUCCUGGCAAAGCUGUCGUCCACACUGGAGAACUCACUGAACUCGGAGCCUGCUUCUUGGGCUGGGCGAAAGGUCCCCAGGUGGUUUUUCCCGCCAUGCUCCGGUCCUGUUUCAAGGACAGACCCACGGAAGACGUGCAGAUGGAGCUGUGGUGA